AUGUUCAUGUCACGAUCCGAAUACGGCCGUCUUUUCCAGGUCGAGUACUCGCUCGAGGCCAUCAAGCUCGGCAGCACAGCCAUCGGUGUCGCCACCUCCGAGGGUGUUGUCCUCGGUGUCGAGAAGCGCGUCACGUCGACGCUCAUGGAGGUUAGCUCCGUCGAGAAGAUUGUUGAGAUCGACACCCACAUUGGCUGCGCCAUGUCGGGCCUGCAGGCCGACGCCCGCAGCAUGGUCGAGCAUGCGCGCGUCGAGUGCCAGAGCCACGCCUUCAACUACGCCGAGCCGCUGAGCGUCGAGAGCUGCACGCAGGCCAUUUGCGACCUGGCCCUGCGCUUUGGCGAGUCUGCGGACGGCGAGGACAGCAUCAUGAGCCGGCCCUUUGGUGUCGCCCUGCUGAUUGCAGGCUACGACUCGACCGUCGGCCCCGACGGCAACGAGGGCGGCCCGGCGCUGUACCAUGCCGAGCCCAGCGGCACAUUCUACCGCUACGACGCCAAGGCCAUCGGGUCUGGCUCGGAGGGUGCCCAGGCCGAGCUGCAGAACCAGUACCACAAGUCUCUUACCCUCGAGGACGCCGAGACACUGGUGCUCAAGACGCUGAAGCAGGUCAUGGAGGAGAAGCUGGACGAGAAGAACGUGCAGCUGGCCAGUGUCACAAAAGAGAAGGGCUUCCGGUUAUACACGGACGAGGAGAUGGCCGCCGUGGUCGAGCGACUACCGGCAAACUAA